UCCCAAAAUGAGCGGCCUCGAAGGCGGCAACAAGCUCGCGCUCUCCGAGACUCCCGGCCUCGCUGCUCCCGAGCACGCCCCAGGAGAUUCGGACCUAAGCCAGUGCCAGGGGCUCCGUGCAGAGACCGAAGAGACACCGGCCAUGGCGGAUGCAGGUGGGGUCGGUCUGGAAACCGCCGCAGAGGAAGGUACACCCCGGGAUGCCGUGGACUGCGGUCCUGCGCUCAGCCCGAUCGCUGCGAACCACGGCGGUGCGGCGAGCAAAGCGGCACAGGGAGAUGCUACGUCCCCCACGCAGGGCUCCGAAGCCGCCUGUGCCUCCAUGGCAGCAGACAACAGCCAGAAAAAUGGCUGUCAGCCUGGAGAGCCGCGCAGCCCAGCUGGGCAGAAGGCUCUAGAAGCCAGCGGCGCAGGGGGGUUGGGGUCUUUGGUGAUCUCUGGGGCCAAAGCCAAAGAGAUGACGACUAAGAAGUGCGCCAUCACUGUGGCAGCAGAGAAGGAGGGAGAAGCUGAGGCGGGGAUGGAGAAGAAAGCUGCACCGAAGGAAAAGAAGGUGGUGGGAGGAGUGAAAGAGGAGGCGCGGCCCAGGGCUCCGAAGAUCAAUAAUUGCAUGGACUCGCUGGAGGCCAUUGAUCAGGAGCUCUCUAACGUCAAUGCCCAGGCUGACAGGGCCUUUCUUCAGCUGGAGCGCAAGUUUGGCCGAAUGCGAAGACUUCAUAUGCAGCGCAGGAGCUUCAUUAUCCAAAAUAUCCCGGGGUUCUGGGUCACUGCCUUUCGGAACCACCCGCAGCUGUCGCCUAUGAUCAGUGGCCAAGAUGAAGACAUGAUGAGGUACAUGAUUAAUUUGGAAGUGGAGGAGCUUAAACAUCCCAGAGCAGGCUGCAAAUUCAAGUUCAUCUUUCAGAGCAACCCCUACUUCCGAAAUGAGGGGCUGGUCAAGGAGUAUGAGCGCAGAUCCUCUGGCCGGGUAGUGUCUCUGUCCACUCCGAUCCGCUGGCACCGAGGCCAAGACCCCCAGGCUCAGAUCCACAGGAACCGGGAAGGGAACACGAUCCCCAGCUUCUUCAACUGGUUCUCCGAUCAUAGCCUCCUCGAAUUCGACAGGAUUGCUGAGAUUAUCAAAGGAGAACUGUGGUCCAAUCCCCUCCAAUACUACCUGAUGGGUGACGGAGCCCGCCGAGGAAUUCGAGGCCCACCAAGGCAGCCCGUGGAAAGCCCCAGGGCCUUCAGGUUCCAGUCCGGCUAAUCUCUGCCCUCCUCAGAAGCUCCUGCACAAGUUUCCUUACCAUCUCCUCCUGGACUUAACGCUUGACCAAUAGCAUGCAGUCUUCUCUCUGCCUUCUCUUCAUACUGGAUCACUGUGUCCUCUGGACUUUCCGAAUCUUCAACAGAUUGUGCUUAGGUGCCUGUGCUCGUCUCCUUCUGGGCCUUCAUGCUCUUCUGCGUAGUGUUACUGUUCCAGGUGCAUGGCCUCCUUCUGAUGCUUCUAUGACAAGCUCAUGAUGCUGUAGAUGCGUAUUGUCUUUGCAUGGCUUGAGCCCUGUCUGGGACUAUGGUCGUCUUGUAGUUAUCUAAGUGGUUCUCUCCUACAAGAAAGCUUGAUCCAUUUUGAAAAAUAACUAUCUGGGCUUCAUACUUCAUGCUGCUGUGCUCCUGAUAAUUCAUAUGCUUAAGGCAUGCUCUGAUUUGCACCACCACAAGAUGAGAAACUGAUAUCCCAAUUCAGCCAUCAACUGAACUGGACAUUCCAGGCUACCACUGACUGGAUGCCAGGUGCCUCCCAGAGCUUAGGCCAUCUACCAUGCUGGUUAUUUGGCAGAACAAGCAGGUGGCUGGUGGGUGACUGCUAGGUAUGAGAAUUAAGUAACAGAGAAGAGGCAUUUCUGUGUUACAACCUGGACUUUUCCCUUUGAUGACUCUGCUUUGGGACCAGCUACUGGUGAGUAUGAAGGUCUGUGUUGGAGCUCACCCCUACUUGCUAGGCACAGUUCACUAAUGUCUGCCUGGAGAGCUAUCUGUGGUUCAUUCCCAGACACAUGCAGGAAACCCACACCAGCACCCCCUCGCCCCUUUAGACAGAUUGGUCUGGCCUAAGUAACAAGCCAACCCAAUCCAAGGCCGGCCGGGUCAGACCUCUCCCAGCAUUUAGCUUUACUGAUCUCUGACCAACAAACUAUGGUUAAUCUGGACAAUUCAGAUUACCACAGCCCCUAGUCACUCUCCCAUUACCAUCCUGAACAUGGCAGAAGUUAUCAGGAUUGUGGGGUACUGAAGAGAUGGUUAUUUUCUGGAAUGUGGUGUUUCUUAAUCCUCUUAGGUUAAGCUCAUUCUUUCCCUGUUUCUUGAGCAAUUCAGGAAACAAAACUGCCCAGCCAUCUUUCUGUUUAACCUCUGGGGUUGCGUCCAGAGAAGGGUACUGUGAAACAGACUCCAGAUCUCCUAUUGCCCUCAUCCCCCUACAUCGUUUACUUUAAAGGUGUGGAAAGUUUCAGAGAGAUCUGUAAUUAUUUAAGGGCGAUGUUCUUUUAGGCUAACCUUGACAUACCCAGCCCCUCCAAUUCUUCCCAAACCCCUGUGUUUCUUUAGUUUGAGAAGCUGAGGCGAGGAAGAGAGGGGUUCAGGACAGGCCUCAAAACAAGAUAUAACCGGAAGCGACCAGAAUUUAGUUUCCUUCCACUUUCGAAAGAUGAUGAUUCUUUCUUGGUCCUUGGACUUCUCAGAAAUGGUCCCAGAGUUGGAUCUUGUAGGUCACCCUGUUCUCUGUACUGUUUUACUACUGCUCUGUUGUCCCAUGGGCCUCAACUGCCUGGUUGCCUUGGUCCUCAGUUUCCAGUUCUGCAUUUCCUCUCAGCUUUUGCUUUAACAAAGAAAGGGCUGCCUUUGGCUGAGAUGUCCUAUGACAUCUGUCAAUUUCCAGGGUAAGUUCCAAUGAGUGGGGCAGUGGUGGUGUUAGGGCUGUGUUAGGUGAGCUUAAGGUGUUGCUGAUGGCCACCCAUUGUCCUUUUCCUUUCCUUUUUCGAGGCUUUGCUCUGAGUCUUUGAAGGUUUAUAAGACAAAAGUCACAAGCAGUGGAAAGGAUGCCUUAGAUGGGGGAAACUAAGUAAAGACCCAGAAGUAGAAAUCCCUUUGUGGAGUGGGCUUGCAAAGGCCAGUUGAAAAAGCAAACGUAGGAUCAGAGGGAGGAGGGGAGGUCCGUUAGGAUACAGAUAAGAGAAUCAAGGCUUGGGGUUUAAAUGAGAUGUUUACAGGAAGAUUUUUCUCCAGUGUUUCCUAACUCUUCAGAUUUGCGAAUGUAUCUAGAUUCUUCUCUCUACUGUUCUAGGAGUGACCUUUGUAUAUGUGGAGGAUUAACGCUAUAUGCUCCUUAAUUCAUUUUGCAUAAAAUUGUUCCUUUCUCCAUUACAGCUUAAUGACAGAUUUGAUGUUUACAUGUCUACUUCUCUUGUAAUUGAGAACAUGUACAAAAAUACGUUUCGUGUCCUGUGAAGUUUGAAGACUUCUUGAAUAUUCUGUAGAUUAGCUUGUUCUGGUCUCUGUUCAUAUAUAACUUUGGUCUUAGAAAUAAAACUUGAAUAUUGUGAUCUUUGAAGAGUCAAAAAUUUUUCAAUUGUUGCUAAGUCUUGUGAAAGUGGUCUUAAACUGAAAAAUACAACUUUGUGUCUCACUUGACAUUUCUUGCCCUAGUUAUAAUGUACUUGUAUGUUUCCUAACCAGUUUAAAUACUAGUAGAAUUACUCUCAACAAGGAUAAUUAGUAUUUUGUCUUCUAUGUGCUUGAAGGAAAAAUGUCACUACUGUACUUCUUUUCACCAAAAAUAAAGAUAAAU